AUGGUUAACUCUACACAGGUUUCUUAUUUCACACUUGCUGCCUACAUUGACACUGGACUCUUUAAAUACUUAUUUUUCAUGAUCAUCAUGUCUUUAUAUAUUUUAAUUAUUUGUACCAAUGUGUUGCUGAUUGUGAUUAUCUGUAUGAACAGAAGUUUACAUGAACCUAUGUACCUGUUUCUGUGCAGCCUGUUUGUAAAUGAACUGUAUGGUAGUACAGGGUUGUUUCCAUUCCUUCUGCUUCAGAUCCUCUCUGACAUUCACACUGUUUCUACUUCUUUUUGUUUCCUGCAGAUUUACUGUGUGCACUCCUAUGGACAUAUAGAAUUUGUGACUUUAGCCAUCAUGUCUUAUGAUAGAUAUCUUGCUAUCUGUUAUCCUCUACAGUAUAACAGACUAAUGACAGCUAGUAAGGUUGCUGUGCUUACUGCUCUAAUAUGGUUUUACUCUUUCUUUGUAAUUAUAGUCACAGUGGCUCUGACUGCCCCUUUACAGCUGUGUGGGAACAUGAUUCACAAAGUGUACUGUGAUAACUUCUCUGUUGUGAAACUCGCCUGCUCUGACACAACAGUCAACAACAUCUAUGGAAUUGUUUACAUGUUUUCCUUCAUCUUUGGUCUUCUUAUUUUAAUCCUUUACACUUACAUGAAGAUUCUUAAAGUUUGUUUUUCUGGUUCUAAACAGACCAGACAAAAAGCUGUCAGUACCUGCACACCUCACCUUGCUUCUCUGCUCAACUAUUCUUUUGGGGCUUUCUUUGAAAUAACACAGAGCAGAUUUGAUAUGAGCAGUGUACCCAUUAUGUUGCGUAUUUUUUUAUCAUUAUACUGGCUUACAUGUCAACCUGUCUUCAGCCCUGUGCUGUAUGGACUAAAAAUAUCCAAAAUACACAUCAUAUGUAAAAGUCUGCUCUUGGGGAAAAAACUGUAGACUACUAAUUCUAUCUGACAAAUAAAAAACUUUGUCAUCUUGAACAUGAUUAAAUAUAAAAUAACUAAUGGAAUAUCUUUGACGGUAGGGCUGAAAGAUUAUGGCCAAAAUGAUGAUCACAAUUAUUCUGAUCAAUACUGACAUCACAUAUAAUACAGAUUAUGAUUCUUUUCAAGGG